UCACAGAUACACCCGUGUCUUGACUGGUAGAUAAAACUCCCGCUUCUAUUGUAACCACAGAUACACUUCUAUUGGAAUAAUAGAUAUAAUAUAUAUCAUACGGGCAUCUAUAACAUGUGUUUACAGAAUAUCUAACUACUCAGUUUAAAUUGUUAUUUUAGUCUGUAUUCAACAGUUGGACAUAUUGCCGAUAUCAUCAUUAUUAAGACAUUUUGUCGAUAUCAUCUUUAUAACAUCUUUGAGCAUAUUGCUGAUAUCAUUGCCCGCUGGGUGUAUUGUUAUUAUUGGAUCUGACUUAAUUGAAUUGUUCUGUAUUAUUAUCUUGUAAGUCCCUGCUAAUCGCUUCUGGAAAAACGUUAGAUUGCAUAUAGAUGUGUGAACACGACGCCGUAAUAUAUUUUUUAUGACUUUAUUAAUGUUUUGAGCACAGACAGAAUCUUGUUUAAGUCGUUUAUUUUAACCAGUUGGCGUAGAAUGCAAGGCACUAAACAAGAUGGAGGUGCAGACGUAAAUCAUCUCCUUGACCUUAACAACUAACUCAACGACCCGACCCACCAUCAUCAUUCACCAUGAAUUCCAGUGAUCCAGACAUCGACUUUUAUAGAAUUCCCGCCCUGGAAUCGUUAUCUAUGUGGUAUUCUGGUAUCCAUGGGUACCUCAGUGUUAUUGUGUGCGCGUUUGGAAUUCCAAUGAAUCUGAUAAACGUAACAGUUUUGACACAAAAACAUAUGCGCACACCGAUUAACUGUAUUCUAACAUUUUUAUCAUUAUCGGACAUGCUGACGAUGAUCUCGUACGUUCCGUUCGCUCUCAAUUUUUAUAUACUACAUUCACCGUGGGAAUUAUCUGAGGUAAAGAACAGUUUUGGUUGGAUGAAGUUCAUGCUUUUUCAUAUUAAUUUUUCUGCGACGACGCACACCGUGUCGAUAUGGCUGGGUGUGACGUUAGCCAUAUUCCGUUAUAAGCACCUGUACUCCCCGGCCAAAGGUAAUUUAACUCGGAUAAGACGAUUGAUUCGCGCACGGAUAUCAGUAUGUCUUGUGUACGUUUUGUCAACCGUCGGUCUAACACCGAACUAUAUUACAAAUAAGUUAAAUCCAUAUACCAUCAAUAACAAAACAGUUUAUGUAAUGGAGGACCUGAAAUUGGGAACCUCUGAAGUAAGACCGGUCGUAUUAUUAAACCUUUGGCUGUACAGCAUUAUGGCAAAACUUUUACCUUGCAUUCUUAUGGUUAUUUAUGGUGGCCUUCUUCUUUACACUCUUAAAUCAAAACUUAAAUUCCAGAAACGAAAACUAUCCUGCUCGAGUGUCUUCGCUAGUCGACCAAUGGAUAAUUCCCGAACCACCCGGAUGUUGUUGAUAGUGAUAAUUCUAUUUUUAGUAACGGAACUACCACAAGGUAUAUUGAUAAUUAUUAGUGUGACGUCAAAGGGGUUUUUCCAGAAUAUUUACAUGCCAUUGGGUGAUUUGAUGGAUAUGGUAGCGUUAAUUAACAAUGGGGUUAAUUUCAUCUUAUAUUGCUCGAUGAGUAGAGAUUUCAGAUUGACACUCAUGGAUCUGUUAAAACUUAAAAUGGCCAAACAUCGCCAUUUCUCUACGACCACCUGUAAUGACUCGGAAAGAUCGCAAACGGCGUUGAUUGUUCGUGUGCUGUGAACUGAUGAUUGAUUUCUGUGAAAUUUACCUGGGUGAGAACAUAGAAUUGUAAAUAAUAAAUAAAUGAUUAUGUUUAUAACUGGAUGGUAUGUGCAGAGUAUGUUCAUUGUCAAUAAUUUGUAAUUGAAACAGAUUUUUGUAUGAAUUUAAUUUUGACGAAAAGACAGGAUUUUUGUAUGAAUUUAAUAUCGACGAAAAGACAGGAUUUUCUUAUGAAUUUAAUUUCGACGAAAAGAUCGGAUUUUUUUAGAAAAAAGAAACGAAUGAAGAAAAUUAAAUGACAAAUUGUGGAUGAAAAUACUUUAUCUGAAAUUGUGUUUUAUGGAUGAUAAUUUC